GAGAUCGGAGAGAGUGGUGGGCUCAGGCUCAAGCGACGGCUCCUCAUUAGAAGAGCAAUUAAUUGUCUUUACACUGCCCCCUUUAGAGUCCAGCUGUAUAAAUGUCCUACUGGUAAUUAUCCUGAGACACAAUAAAUAGAUAGGUGAGAAGCUUCAUCACUCGUAUACUAAACUUUCUCCACUCCAGUCUCAGCUUAAUAUCCAUGGCGAUUGAACAAGUCAUUCAGGAUUACACACAGGAUGGUACAGUGGACCUCAGCGGAAACCCAGUCCGCAGAUCUAAGAGAGGUGGAUGGCGAGCUUGCUUCUUCGUUGUUGUGUAUGAGGUGUUUGAACGCAUGGCGUAUUAUGGGAUAUCGUCAAAUCUGAUAGUGUAUCUGGCCGAAAAGCUCCAUCAGGGAACUGUGAAGUCGGCUAAUAAUGUCACCAACUGGGUCGGCACCGUCUGGAUCACUCCUAUCUUGGGUGCAUAUUUUGCAGAUGCUCAUCUUGGACGUUACUGGACCUUCCUCACCGCUUCUGUAAUUUAUCUCUUGGGAAUGUGUUUACUAACAUUAUCAGUAUCCCUCCCGGGGCUAAAGCCGCCUGCCUGCAGUGAAGUCAAUUUGGAAGACUGUAAAGAGGCGUCCACAUUACAAUUAGGAAUCUUCUUCGGUGCAUUAUAUAUUCUAGCUCUGGGAACCGGUGGAACCAAGCCUAAUAUAUCCACCAUAGGUGCAGACCAAUUCGAUGAUUUUGAGCCCAAGGAGAAGGCUCAUAAGCUCUCCUUCUUCAACUGGUGGAUGUUUAGCAUUUUCUUUGGGACACUCUUUGCCAACACAGUUCUGGUGUACAUUCAAGACAACGUUGGCUGGACGUUGGGCUAUGCCCUUCCAACUCUAGGGCUUGUGAUAUCCAUCGGGAUUUUCAUGGCUGGCACACCUUUUUACAGGCACAGAAUUCCUACAGGGAGCCCGUUUACAAGGAUGGCAAGAGUCAUUGUUGCUGCCUUGAGGAAAUGGAACGUGAGACUGCCUACCGACCCCAAAGAACUCAAUGAACUUGACUUGGAAGAAUAUGCAAAGAAAGGGAAGUUCAGGAUUGAUUCUACUCCAACUUGGAGGUUUCUUAACAAAGCUGCUGUGAAAACAGGCUCAACUGAUCCUUGGUUGCUAUGCUCGGUGACUCAUGUGGAAGAAACUAAACAAAUGUUGAGAAUGAUCCCAAUCUUGCUUGCUACAUUUGUUCCAAGCACAAUGGUAGCUCAGAUCAACACCCUUUUUGUCAAGCAAGGCACUACUCUUGAUAGAGCUGUUGGCAGUUUCCAGAUUCCCCCUGCAAGUUUAGCUGGAUUUGUGACUAUCUCAAUGCUUGUUUGUGUUGUUUUAUAUGACCGAUGCUUUGUCAAGAUUAUGCGAAGGUGGACGAAAAAUCCUAGAGGCAUCAGUCUCCUCCAAAGAAUGGGAAUUGGUCUUGUUGUGCAUAUCAUUAUCAUGAUAAUUGCAUCUCUAACAGAGAGAUACAGAUUAAGUGUUGCCAAGGAGCAUGAAGUUGUUCAGAAUGCGGGUAAAGUUCCGUUAACGAUAUUCAUUCUUCUUCCACAAUUCGUGCUUAUGGGAAUAGCUGAUGCAUUCCUGGAGGUGGCCAAGAUUGAGUUCUUCUAUGACCAGGCACCGGAAAGUAUGAAGAGUCUUGGAACUUCUUACUCCAUGACUACUUUAGGAAUUGGAAAUUUCUUGAGUAGCUUUCUUCUUUCGACAGUUUCUCAUAUCACUCAGGAGCGUGGACAUCAAGGAUGGAUCCUGAACAACCUGAAUGCUUCUCAUUUGGAUUACUACUAUGCGUUUUUUGCGAUACUGAACAUCCUGAACUUUGGUUUCUUCUUGGCUGUGUCAAGGUCUUAUGUCUACAAGGCUGAAGUAUCGGAUUCAAUGGAGGUGCUUACAAAGGAAUUGAAGGCUAUGACAUUAACUGUCUGAGAAAUGAGUACAUUGAAUCAUUCACACAGAAGAAAAAAUCAUGACUAGACUCGGAAUUAAAAAGAGAAAACAGCAAUAAUAAAUUGAUUGAAGGUCUGCAAGUAUCUUACAUGUAUGAGCAGCAACAUAAGGUUGUUAUCAUAUUGCCAGUUUCACA